AUGGCUGGAAAUCAGAAUCGAAAUUCCAGCACCAUCAUCACCAUGUUCGUGAAAAUUUUGGCCUUAGUAGCUUUAGUUUCCGCAGCUUCAGCUGCUCCUCAAUACCUAGCCGGUUCUGCUUAUGCGUCUCCUUUGGCUGUCGCUCAUGCUCCAGUAGCCACCGUAGCACAUGCUCCAGUGGCUGUCGCUCACGCUCCAGUAGCUGUCGCUCACGCUCCAGUAGCUGUUGCCCACGCUCCAGUUGCUGUCGCUGACGAAUACGACCCACACCCAUCCUACUCCUUCUCCUACUCCGUCAACGACGCUUUGACCGGAGACUCCAAGGGACAGACCGAGACCCGUGACGGAGAUGUCGUCCAGGGUAGCUACUCACUCGCCGAACCCGAUGGUUCCAUCAGAACCGUUGACUACACCGCUGACCCCAUCAACGGAUUCAACGCAAACGUGCACAAGGAUGCUCCAGCUGCUCAUGCUGCUCCAGUAGCCGUUGCACAUGCUCCAGUCGCUGUCGCACACGCUCCAGUCGCUGUCGCCCACGCUCCAGUCGCCACUGUAGCUCACGCUCCAUUGGCAUAUUCUAGUCCACUUGGUUAUGCUGGCGCUCCAGAAUUUUUGUUGAGCUGA